AAGAAGAUUUUCUUUUUGCUCUUCAAGCGUCCUCGCGACCCAAUCAAAGUCCGCAGAAGGUUUCGAGGAAGACCGCGUCGCAGUCGGUGUCUUUUGGCCCGGAAGCGUCUCCCAGAAUGUCCACCUGACAUUAGGGACGAGCCCCCCCCCCCCUCCUUUUUUUUUUUUUUUUUUUUCAUUUUUGAUUUCGUUCUGGCAAGCGCGCGUUUCCUCGUGCGUGAACUCAACAGAGGCGCGUCUCGUGCUUGAGCCGACCGUCGUUCGGCCAUGACCCCGGCGCCGGCCCCGGCCCCGCUGUUUCUGCUGUUUCUGCUGCUGCAGCUGCCGCCGCCGGGCCGCUCCGAACCCGAGCGCUGCGUCUCCAUGCAGCACCGGAACGCCACCGUCGACGCCAGGGCUGCGCUCGCCGUCCCGGGUGCCGCCGUCAACGCCCGCUCCCUGCCGUUCGAGCGGGACUGCGUGCUGGCCUGCUGUUCCCAGCCGGUGCGGCCAGGCGCCCGCUGCGACGCGGCCGCGUUCGACGGCGACAAGCGCGGCGGCGACGACAACUGCUUCCUGUAUCGAUGCCCGGGGGGUCGCGGCUGCCCCCUCGCCGAGGCGCCGCCGCCCGUCAGCGCCUACUACGUCUUCAGAGACGCGAUCCACCCGAGCGCUCUCCGUCCAGUCGCCGCGACGACCGGCUUCGCCGCAGCCCGCGUUCCCGUCGGCACGACGAUGACGACGGCGCCCGGCGGGACCGGCAAAAAACGGACAAAAAGUCAUCCGGCGAAUGAGCGGGCGGGUCCGAGGACAGCCGACAAAGGCCCCGCAAGCGUUCCGCCUCCGACUCCUCGUACCACGCGUCUGCCUCAGACCGCCGCCGUGACUCCACCCCCUGCGACCGGGACUUUGGGCCCCGUGACCGCGACUCUAAAAUCCGCUGUGCCUCUCGCCACCGAGACGCCCCUCGCUCCGACCACCGCGACUCCUCCGACGACGACCCGAAGUCCGCCGCCGACGAGCGCAACUCCGAAUACGACUGACGUGACUCCUCCCCCUCCCACGUUGACUCCUCCUACGACCGCUGCGGCUCCGCUUCCGAGCGCCGUGACCACGACUCCGACCCAAGCCGCCCCUUUGACGUCCAACGUGCUCCUCGGCCACCGCGCCGACGCCGCCCAGAACGCCAGUGUAGAAAUGGCGUCAGGGGCGGGUCCUUGGAAGAGCGGCGCGGUGGCGUUCCUGGUGGCGGGCGUGGCCACGCUGCUGCUGGCCUUGGCGGUGGGCGGGCGCAAGGCCAUGGACUCCUUCGACAGGCGCCAUUACACCAGGCUGGAGCUCCACGACCUCCACUACGACCUGUGAACCGUCUUGACGUCACGCGACCGCUGCAAUUUUGACUCGGGAGGCCGAUCGGGACGCACGUUGACGUGUCGAAAGCAAAGCCCCGAACGCUCGCGACGGGAUGAAACUCAGGAAGACGACGACAUUUCGGACCGACUUGAGACUUUGCUCUUGACCCGCGGGCGGGGCCCUUUUGCGGCGCAUGUUCGGAGUCCGGAUCACGAUUGCUGGGACUUGUUUUCUCCGUGCUACCGUGGCGACGUGUCCAUUUUUUUUUUUUUUUUUUUUCAAAACUCCCAAUGAGGAUAAAUGGGCCGCUGUCCAUUUUCACGAUAAACCGAUUUGCUUCUCCUUCAACUUGUCUCGACCUUUCCAUCGAUCUGUUGGGAUCAUGUUCAAAUGAAUAUUUGUCACAAUCAAAGGGCAUACUUAGCAUUUUUCGGGCCACGUUUACCUUCUGUACUCUUUAUUUUAUUUUUUUUUUUUGUUUCACUCAAGCAGAAGCAAGUUUGGAAUAGUUUUUGGACUCACAGCAAGGCCCGGUCCAAAUUUCCACAGAACUUUUCAUGACCAUCGCGGUGUCGUGACCUCACCUGCAUGUUUGCAUUCUGGCUUUGCUGUUGUUAUUUUAGCGGAUGAAAUACUUUUUUUUUUUUUUUUUGGAGGGGGGGGGGCGCGCUUUUCUUGGCUAUUCCGACGCCGCAGUGUCACCCCUGGGCCACAAGGUGGCGCCAGCGGCAGGCCCACAUUUUGUGUUUUUCUUUUAAUAGUUGAUUACUUUGUUCAUAGUUGUCAGAUUGUUGUAUUCAUUCCAACGUUGAACUUUUCCAAUCACGCGAGCCUUUUUGCAAAACUUUCCUUCUUUGUUGCGUGCAUGAAAAAAUGUGAUUUUUUUUUUUUUGUUCUCACUGUGACCUUAAAAGCAAAAGUCAUUGAUCAGUUAUGAUUGUGUAAUCGGCAAGUGAGCCGCCGUCACCUACUUCUACUUUAAAGGAGAGUCCAGCUCGCUUUUAUAUCGUUGUGAUUGACUUGGCCGAAGUGAACAACAACAACAAAAAAGUAAUAGAGUAUCCAGUACUGUUGCCAGUUUAUUUACGUUCAAACGACGCCAUGAAGAGCAUCCGAAGAAUGCAGCGAUUUUCUUAACGUUGGCGUGAU